GGCCACGUGGAAUUUCAAUAACUCAAUAAUAAACUCGUCGAAGGAUUGGGGUCAAUCGUACGAGUUACUAAAUAAUUCGGGUGAUGGAAUUUGCCGAGUUGGCGGGAUUUCAGCGAUAUUGGCGAUCUGGGGAGCGGGUGAGGAACGUUCUGGACUUUAGUUGGUGACGGAAGAGCAAUGAGAAAGUACUCGAUUAAUCGGUCAUUGUGCGGGGGGACAGUUCUGUUGACGGGGGCCACUGGAUUCAUCGGGGGAUCGCUCCUGGAGAGGAUCUUGGAGCUCGAUCCUGGACCCAACUGCGUUUACGUCUUGGUCCGGAAACGCGAGGGGAUCAGUCCCAAGGCGCGGAUUGAUAAAAUCCUUGCGUCACCUCUAUUCGUGAGACUGAAACCCGAGGCCCUGCGGAAGGUGAAAGUCAUUCCCUGUGACUUGACAGCUGGAAAUCUCGGGCUGUCCGAUGGCGAUCGGCAAAUUCUUUUGUCCGAAUGCACCCACGUAUUCCACUCCGCGGCAUUCAUAUCUUUUGCAGCUCAUCUCAAUUCCGCGGUACGCAUUAAUUUACUCAGUACGCGUCAUCUCCUGGGACUGACCAAGCGCAUGCCAAAACUUCGGGCUAUGGUGCAUGUCUCAACGGCAUACGCUAAUUGCACUAGAAACAGCGAUGAGGUACUCCAGGAGAGACUUUACCCGUCAUCGAUGGAGCCGUCAUCCUUUAUUGACAUGAUGGAACGCAUGAGCUGCGAGGAGAUAAACCAUAAAACUGAGGAAAUACUCGGCAAUCACGUGAAUACGUACACUUUUACUAAACAAAUGGCGGAGAAUCUUCUAGCAAUGGAACGUGGAAACGUACCACUUUCCAUCAUAAGACCGAGUAUCGUGUUGAAUAGCUGGAGCCAACCGACUGUUGGUUGGGUGGAUAACGUCAACAGUGGAGCCUGUGGCUUCAUCGCCGGUAUUGCCAAGGGAUUAUUCCGCACAUUCCAGGCAACCCCGAAUACUCUGUUGGAUGUAAUCCCUGUGGACAUGGUGGUAUCGACGAUUCUUGCAGCAGCAGAGAGAGCCCACCAGGAUCCCGAGAACCUCCACAUCUUCCACUGCACCUCCAACACCAUAAAUCCCACCACCUGGGACGAAUAUUGUGAAGAAGUGGUGAGAGCCUGUCGAGAGCAUCCCUGCGAAAAUCUCCUGUGGUAUCCAAAAGCCAGAAUCAGAAAAAAUUACCUGAGGAAUCUUCUGGUCCUCUACGUCUUUCAGAUAAUCCCGGCAUUCAUAAUCAACUCCAUUUCUCCUAUCUGGAACUUCGACAAGAGCGAAUUGAUUUAUCAAGUCCAGCGGAGAUACCUGAAGGGAAAUUCCUACACUUCAUUUUUCUCCACUCACCAGUGGAAAUUCGAUCGACGUAACACCCAAGUCCUUCAGGACGCACUUGCUCCGGAUGAGAGGGAGGUCCACCCCAUGGAUCCCCGUCUCAUCAACUGGAGGAAGUACUUCGAGAUAUGCGUCGUGGGCACCAGGAGAUAUUUCCACAAGGAAUCAUCUGCGACGACUGAACGCGCCCGUCAGCAGAUGAAACGAUUGAAAAUAACCGCUGAACUCACACCGUUUUUUAUAUUCGCACUCUUGACGUAUGCCAUGAUGAAUAUAGGAAUUUCCUGGAGCAUCGCAUCUAUUUUCAGUGCAACAAUCGUCCUGUUCUUCAUUUGGUUGUAAUUAUCCAUGCGUCUGAUUUUAUCAACAAUUUUUAGUUAUUUCUGAUUAAUAAAUAAUUACCU